UGCAGAACAUCACCCGCUUAUUACAUAUCCCCAAACUCCAAAAGGGAUUCCGUCCGUCCAUUCUGACUCUUUACUCCGGAAUCAUGAUUUCCACCUCCUCUUUGAGCUUCCAUCACAAUCACCGUCAUCAUGUCCUCUCCAACAACAUCAAACCCAAUUCAAUUCCCCUUUCUUUGUUUAGAAAAGUUGCACUCACUCCUAGCAAACCAUUUAUUUGCCUAAACAAAAAGCUCCUCUGCACACCCAUGGCAUCCUCCUCGCAACUGAAUUCCAUUCCUGACUUCAAAGCUGACCCCAGUCUCAUCAACGAAGAUCUAGCGCCUACGAAGCCAAGUCAACGGACUUAUUCCGGCUGGGAAAUGGCGAGCUUAUGGGUUGGUUUAGUUGUGGGUGUGCCAACUUAUUACCUUGCUGGUAGUCUUGUGGAUCUUGGAAUGGCUUGGUGGCAAGGAAUAUUAACUGUCGUUGCCGCCAAUAUAAUCACGUUUAUCGCCUUGGGGUUGACCGGUCAUCCGGGUACCCGUUAUGGGAUUCCGUUUCCGGUCUUGGCCCGAUCUGCUUUCGGAAUCCGCGGGGCCCAUAUUCCAACUCUACUUAGAGGAUUAGUCGCCUGUGGCUGGUAUGGAAUUGAGACAUGGAUUGGUGGUGAGGCAAUCUUUCUUUUGUUGCCUAAUUCCAUCAAAAACUCUUCAUUUUCCAAUUCCAUUCCGUGGCUUGGAACUUCCCCUCUUGAGUUUGCUUGUUUUCUGGUGUUUUGGUUUCUACAAUUGGUUGCUGUGCUCAAAGGAAUGGAUGGAAUUAGAGAGCUUGAAAAGUACUCUGCCCCAAUUUUGAUUCUUCUCACUUCAUGUUUGGUCAUUUGGGCCUAUGUUAAUGCCGGCGGAUUCGGUCGAAUCCUGUCCAUGUCUUCGCGUCUCUCUUCCUCCGAAUUCUGGGCCCUUUUUUUCCCUUCCUUAACCGCAAACGUAAGCUUUUGGGCUACAUUGGCACUUAACAUCCCGGAUUUCACCCGAUAUGCGAAAAGCCAAAAGGACCAAAUCAUCGGUCAAGCCGGCCUACCAAUUCUCAUGGGUGCAUUCACAUUUGUGGGUUUAGCGGUGACCGCAUCCACUCAAGUGAUUUUCGGGCGUACUAUAUCAAACCCGAUUCAGUUAUUAGGAGAAAUUGGCGGGUUUGGAACCAUGAUUAUUUCCAUAUUCGGAAUCACACUCGCCACCAUCACCACCAACAUCGCUGCCAACGUCGUAGCUCCUGCCAACGCCCUCGUGAACGUAAGCCCAUCCGUGUUUAAUUUCCAACGAGGAGCGUUGCUAACAGCACUGCUUGGAAUUGUAUUCCAACCGUGGAGACUUCUUCAAUCAAGUGAAAGUUUUGUGUACACUUGGCUAGUUGGGUAUUCAGCGUUAAUGGGGCCGAUUGCGGGGAUCAUCUUGGCCGAUUAUUAUCUCGUUAAGGGUCGAAAUCUUCGCGUUAACGAUUUGUACACAUUGAAUCCUGUUGGGAACUACUUUUACUAUAAAGGGUACAAUUUGGAAGCAGUUGGGGCUCUGGUAAUUGGGAUUUUGCCAGUGAUUCCAGGUUUCUUACAGAAGAUUGGAACCUUGAAUCCGAUUCCUGAGUUGUUGAUGACGAUAUACAACAAUGCUUGGUUCUUUGGCUUUUUUUCAUCAGGAAUUGUUUACUGGAUUCUUUCGGUUUUGAAACCGACAAAACAGUUACAUUGAAGAAAUCCUUGGCCGAUCUAAAAGAAAGAGGAAUGUGGGAAUUGGGCAUGGCGAAGAGAGGGUAUGUGAAUGGGGAAAAAUAGAGGGAAGUUCUUCUUACAAACAUGCAGACAUGUCGGAGCAUGGGACGCGCAUAUGAAGCUUGCGAUAAAGACGGUUGAAGAUUCAUAGUAGGACUGCGGUGUGCAUAAAAUCGAAAAAACUGAUUUGUAACCAAGGUAUACAAAGAAACCAAACCAGAUUAACUAAACCCAAACAAAAGCCAACGGUUUGGUUUUGUAUUUUAAGAAAAAAUGAACUUUACAGUUCAACUUGUUUUUAUAUUUGAUUAAAACCACAAAAAAUAUUUUAUUC